AUGAAUCGAUCUCUUCCUGUUAAUAACACUACAAAGAAAACACUAGAAAUGAAUCGAUCUCUUCCUCUUAACAACACUACAAAGAAAACAAUAGAAAUGAAUCGAUCUCUUCCUGUUAAUAACACUACAAAGAAAACACUAGAAAUGAAUCGAUCUCUUCCUCUUAAUAACACUACAAAGAAAACACUAGAAAUGAAUCGAUCUCUUCCUGUUAAUAACACUACAAAGAAAACACUAGAAAUGAAUCGAUCUCUUCCUGUUAACAACACUACAAAGAAAACAUUAGAAAUGAAUCGAUCUCUUCCUGUUAACAACACUACAAAGAAAACAAUAGAAAUGAAUCGAACUCUUCCUGUUAAUAACACUAAAAAGAAAACACUAGAAAUGAAUCGAUCUCUUCCUGUUAACAACACUACAAAGAAAACACUAGAAAUGAAUCGAUCUCUUCCUCUUAACAACACUACAAAGAAAACAAUAGAAAUGAAUCGAUCUCUUCCAGUUAACAACACUACAAAGAAAACAAUAGAAAUGAAUCGAUCUCUUGCUGUUAACAAUACUUCAUUAUUAGUAUUUUCAUUAAAGAAUACUUUACUUUUUUUCGUGCUUCUUUCUUCGUAA